UUAAAAUGGCUAAAAUGGUAGUUUUUGUGUGUUUAUUUUUUGUAGUGUUAAUAGAAGCCGAUGAAAAAUAUACAACGAAAUAUGACAAUAUUGAUUAUAAUGAAAUAUUAGCUAAUCAUAGACUUUUAAAAAAUUACUUUAAUUGUUUAUUGGAAAAAGGAAACUGCACUCCUGAAGGAUCAGAAUUAAAAAAGGUUUUGCCUGACGCCUUGCAAACAGAUUGUUCCAAAUGCAGUGAAAAACAAAAAGCAGGUGUAAAAACAGUAUUUGACCAUUUGAUGAAUGACCAUAAGGAUAUGUGGGAGGAACUCCAGAAAAAAUAUGACCCAGAUGGCAUCUAUUAUAAAAAAUACGAGGAAGCAAUGAAAAAAGAAGGACUUUAAUAAUUGUGUUGUAACAUAUUUAUUAAUAUUUUAAAAAUUUAGGUAAUAAAGCAAUA